CCGCCUUGGCCUAGGUUUUCCAACCCCCGUGAAAACCCCUGUGAAAACCAAGCCGCUUUGUCAACAUCCAGCAACAGGUGGAUCCAUCAGCUGGUCCUGCCACAUUUGUUAUGACCGUUACCACGGAGACUACGGGUGGCCAUAAUGGAGGACUAUGCGCCAAGUCGCUAUAAAAUGCUCGAGAAAAUCGGCGAAGGAGUCCAUGGCUGCGUGUUUAAGGCCAUCGAUUUGCAGCGCAACAAGGAGGUGGCCAUCAAAAAGGUGGCCCUCAAGAACAAAUUCGGGAACAUAGCUCUGAACACUUUGAGGGAAAUCAAGACCCUGCAGCUUUGCAAAUCGGAAUAUAUCCUGGGCAUUAUCGACAUAUAUCCCGACCUGACUGGACUGUCGUUGGUGCUGGAAUACCAGCCGGACACCCUGUACAACCGCCUCAAGAACGAAGUGAAUCCCCUGAGUCGCCAGCAGGUGCGCAAGUUCGCACACCAAAUGUUCAAGGGCAUCGCCUAUCUCCACGAUUCGGGUCUAAUGCACCGCGACAUAAAGCCAGCCAAUCUCUUGAUAAGCGAUUCGGACAUGCUAAAGAUCGCCGACUUUGGACUGGCCCGUCUGUACUUUCCCGAGGAUGAGACGCGUCUGUAUUCCCCUCAAGUGUCCACACGCUGGUAUCGAGCUCCGGAGAUUCUCUGGGGCAGCCAGAAGUACGGAACUGGAGUGGACAUGUGGGCGGCAGGUUGCGUGGUGGCGGAGAUGUUGCGGGGAGUGCCUCUGUUCGCAGGAACCACCGACAUAGAGCAGUUGGCCAUUAUAAUCCGGACUCUGGGCAGCCCACGCUUGAAUCAAUGGCCCGAGUUGACUUCCCUGCCGGAUUACAGCAAGAUACGCUUUCCAAAUUCCGUGGGCAUACACUGGGAUAAUCUGUUUCCCAGCUGCACUCAUGCGGUGGAAAUCAAUCUGGUCUCAAAUCUAGUCGUUUACAAUCCCAAAAACCGUCUUAAAGCCAGUGAGGUGGGUUAUACUACAAUAUCUCAACUGAUUUGUUAUAAACAUUCUAUAUUUUGCAGGCUGUCGAACAUGAUUAUUUUCACUAGCUAUAAGACUAUUUACACAGGUAUUGUUAGCAUCUAA